CAAAAAACACUAUGCAUCCACCAAACUUCUUGUAUCCCAGUGGUGUGGUGAUCCUUCAAGUGGAACUUGGAAAGCCACUUGAAUUGGAAUGCCGUGUACAGUUUGGAUUUGAAAGAGUUUCUCAGAUGAGGGUAACAUGGAAAAGAAACCACAAAGAAAAUAUAAAUGAGAAAUUGAACCAGGAAACAAGAGUUUAUUCAAAAGGCUUAAAGGGGCACACAGUUCUUCAUGUUGCAAAACUGAAAGAAGUUACUGAAACAGACCUUGGAAGUAACUUCACAUGCUUUGCUGAGAAUUUGGUGGGGAAUGCCACCGCUGUGAUCCAGCUGAAAAGAAAGCAGAGAGUGUUUCUCUUUUAUGUACUAUGCAGUGCCAUUUCUACUCUAUUUGCGUUCCUUUUGUGCACUGCCUUUAUUUACCAGCACUGGAUUGAAAUAGUGCUGAUGUACCGAAGUUAUCUGGUCCACAACGAAACUACAGGAGAUGGCAAAGAAUUCGAUGCGUUUGUGUCCUAUGCAAAGCUAAACUCUUCUUCUGAAAGUGAUUCUGCUUUAAUUAGUGAGGAAAAAUUUGCCCUGGAGCUUCUUCCAAACAUGCUGGAAAAUAAAUAUGGAUACAAGUUAUGCAUUCUUGAAAGAGAUGUUCUUCCAGGAGGAGCAUACACAGAUGAAGUUGUUACAGCUAUUAAACAAAGCAGACGAGCAAUUAUUAUUUUGAGCCCAGCCUACAUCAGUGGACCAAGCAUCUUUGAACUGCAGGCAGCAGUGAACUGUGCGUUGGAAGACAAAAAGAUCAAAGUGGUAUUAAUAAAGUUCCAGGCUUUCCAAGAACCAGAGACUUUGCCUCCAGUAGUGAAGAAAGCUCUUCGGAUUUUACCCAUCAUUACCUGGAAGUCUUCUAUUUCUGCUGCUCCAAACAAGAAGUUCUGGAAAUACAUGCAUUACCACAUGCCAGUGAAAAGUACUAAGAUGCUGGGAAAUUGCAGCCUAAAGGACUUUUUUCCAAAGGUUAUUCAGUCUGGUAUAUCGGUAGCAGAAAUUUCACAGAGGGAUGACAGCAGGCUCAGAAAUGGUGACGUGAUUGUAAAAGACCUUUUCCACAUCGUCUGA